AAUCCGGAUUGACGACCAGCUGACGAACGUUCAGUAUUUACCAACAAGGAACGAGAGUGGCUACAGUCCUCGGGAGUAGUGGAUCAUUGCUGUUAUCGACAGGCUAAACCUUUCAUGCACGUACCAUCAAAAAGAAGAAGUAUCGGACCAGCAAAAUAUGAGUGGAAUGCAAGGGAUCAUUGUGUGUGGGGAAGCAUCCGAGUCGGAUGAAGAAGAGGAGUUUUGUGCAGCUACAGCCAGAGGUCAGAUUGUUAAUCCAAAAGUUGGAGGCGCCACAGAAGAAGGCAUCACGGUGAGGCAAUACCUUGAGAAGAAACAGCAGCGGCAGCAGCAUUAUCAGCAACAGUUAAGAAGAACUCAUCAUUCAUUACUCCAUCAGAAAUUAUGGGAAGCUAAUGCAUCACUGGAGAAGAAUCUGUCACAGUGCAUCUGCGGCCCGUUGGCAGAACAAAGUAAUCUCAUCUCUCGGCUCAUAGCAACCAUCCCAGCCGCCCAGACUGCCACUCUGUCUGCACAUUCUUCACUCUCUCAGGCUUCUCGCAACCUCUCGCACACAAUCUUCCUUCUUGGGGAACUAGCUAAUAAUCCUUUGGCUUCCUUGAAAGCACCAUAGUGAAUGGUAUUAUAUAUGAUUUCAAGAGAUAGAUAUACUGUAUGUAUUCCCAAACAUCACUGAGCCUGUAUAAUGAUGUUAUCUGAAGAAUUGCACAUGUCAAAUAUGCCUUUUUUUCAUUAAUUGAAUAUAAAAUAAAAGUUCUUUUGUCUAUAAUCUGGAACAUAAGUUUCUUAUACAUACCGAAAUCACAAUAGCAUGAUAUAUUAAAUGAACGAAACCACAAGGGCCGUGAUAAGGAUUUGAACUUACGCCCGGGAUGAUCCCAGACGCUGCUUAGUCGAUUGCGCCACGACAUGGUAA